AUGGCAAGCCACAAGUCGGUGGAUGCGUAUACAAAGCGCGCUAUCCGUCUCAUGGUGACUGUGUUUUUCCUGGUAGUACUCUUCGUUCCUAGUAUGGUCAAUAGCAGCAUUUCUUCUUCAUCGCCUUCGACCUCGUCUAUUCAGUAUUGUUCUUUCUUCAGCAACAGAGCGCCAUCGCCCCAACCGGGCCUUAAAAACUGUACCUGGUUUAAAAGCAACAGUUGUUGCUUGCAAGAGGAAAUUUCCGCCACUUUCGGACGGGUGAAACCUUUACCUGGUGCCGACAAGAAUUGCCAGAAUUUCCUGAAUUACCUGAUGUGUUAUAUUUGUGCCCCAGACCAGAACACUUUCUACCUGAGGGAAAGACUGACAGUAUGUAGAGAGUUUUGUAACAAUUUCUACGAGGCAUGUCGCACGGCAGUCCUCAAAGGAUCCAUCAUCGGAGAUUUAUAUUCAAAUGGCAGUCAGUUCUGCCUGAGUCGUAGUUUUAAGGUCGACGAUGCCGCUAAUGGUUACUGUUUUAACCACGCGAUUCAAGAAAAAACCAGCGAGACUGUUGAAGCGGAAAAAAAAGAAAGGUAUAUUCAAUUUACAGUUGUCUUUUUUCUAUUUUUUUCUUUUUCAUAA